AUGACAAGCACAGAAGACGUCUGGGAACGCGAAAAGAGCCUCUCCAGGGAGUGGAACUCCUACCUGGAGGACCUGGCGAGAUGCAAGGGGAUUGAAUUGGUGUCCAGGAACCUCGGCUUUGGUGACAUUCGGUCCGUUCUCAAGGCCUUGAAGUUUACGGAGUCGAUCCUGAGCGACGCCUGUCUACAGGAAAUCAGUCACACAAACCGCUGGAAGAAUUUGGUCAAAUUUCUCAAAAUUUCAAACUCCACGGAGGAGUGUAUGUUCGUAGAAGACAGAAUGGACCAGCAGAUCAAGAGACAGGUCGAGAUUUUUCACGGAAAUGACCCUGAGCUCAGUAGCAAGUUGGCCAAAGGGCUGCUUUUAUCUUGCAUUCUGCAAAUUAUUCCCAACUCUGUGCCGUGGAACUCUGAUGUCAUGCAAGUUUUAAGGGAUGUGGACGCGAUUUUUACGCUUCUAAUGCUCUCUGAGUCCGGGUGUUCACUCAACUUUAACCCGCUGGUACUUCCGUAUAACAAGAUUGAGAGUAUUGUAAGCGCCUUUAAACUCGACUUAUUUCCAGGUGAAACUUGCUGGUCUCCUUACGUGGAAGGAGACUUUAUGUUCAGGCUCCUGUGUGAAGGCUUCAUCCCAAUUGCAAUUAAAAUAGAGUGGAUUAUGGACGGAAAAGUCAUCCUCAUGCCAAAAAUGCACAAUUACAGGUGCUGUAUUAAACCUCUGGAAAUUGUAAUGACCAAAAAGGGUAAAAGGUGUGCCAAGGACAUGAAUGUCACCCUAAACUGUGCAUUCAAUGAGGUGCUGAAUGGGAUAGUCGAACAGCAUGGGGAGAAUUGGUUGUACCCAGAAAUUAGGAGAGAAUUUGAAAGAAUCUACUACGCUCCAGAAAGCGUUGGAGCCACCAGUGGAAGCCUAAAUUCUGUUGAAGUUUGGAAGGAUGGAGUUUUGGUCGCAGGAGAAAUUGGAUUUGUGGUUGGUUCGGCUUACACAAGCAUUAGUGGAUUCCACAAGUUACCAUCGUCUGGAACGUUUCAAAUGUACGCACUUGCCGCAAUUCUCCACUUUCAAUCAUUCGAACUCUGGGACCUGGGAAUGAUCCUUCCAUACAAGUUGACCAUGGGAGCCAAAACAGUCGGUAGAAGAGAAUUUCUGGAAGUUUUUUACGAGGCUCGUUCAACCGAAAGGAUCCUGGAGAUACCGGCAGAGUUUGCAAGUCCUACAGAUACUCUGGAUCUUAUUCAAGCAUUUUGUAAAGAACAAAAUAUCCGUAAAAAUGAAGGCAGUGCAUAA